UUCACAACAUGAAAAAACUACAAUCUAAAAACGUGACGCUUACCGCCAACUGAACCAAUACGAAUAUAGGAUCUAAGCACGUCGAAUGGGUUUAGCCAAUGAUAGGUGCGGAUGCUUUGCCUUCGUCGUUGUGUCGAAGUCCACUUACUUUCCUGGGAGCUCGGUCCCUGGCAAACUACUGUAUUCCGGUUUCAAGGGGAUUUUGUAGGCUGGAGGACAGCUUCAGCUCCCCCCCAACGCUUCUUUGUGGACGCCGGCAUCACACCGACGGCUAUUGACCAGUGUCGGUGCCCAGCCAGCGAAGCGGGAGCCAUGCCUGUCCCCGCUGGAUACAUUAGCGACUCCCAGUGCGCGGCCCUCGCAUCCUCGGCCUCGCUUGUCCCUCCGCCCCCGAUCAACACCCGGCAACCCGGUGUUGUCACCUCGCUGUUGUAUAGCGGCUCCAAAUUCAGGGGCCACCAAAAGAGCAAAGGGAAUUCGUACGACGUGGAAGUUGUUUUACAGCACGUCACCAUGGCGGACUCUUACCUCUGUGGUUACCUGAAAAUAAAAGGACUAACGGAGGAAUAUCCAACUCUAACAACGUUCUUCGCUGGAGAGAUUAUUAGCAGAAAACGGCCAUUUCUCACCCGGAAGUGGGAUGCAGAUGAGGAUGUGGAUCGUAAACAUUGGGGCAAGUUCCAGGCCUUCUACCAGUAUGCAAAGACGUUCAACUCGGAUGAUUUUGACUAUGAGGAUCUUAAAAAUUCCGACUAUAUUUUCAUGAGGUGGAAGGAGCAGUUUCUGGUCCCGGACCACACAAUCAAAGACAUCAGUGGCGCUUCCUUUGCUGGAUUUUACUACAUUUGCUUCCAGAAAUCCACAGCAACGAUCGAGGGCUACUACUACCACAGGAGUUCUGAAUGGUACCAGUCUCUAAACCUCACCCACGUCCCCGAGCACAGUGCCGCCAUCUAUGAGUUCCGGUGACCCCGGCUGGCAUCGUGGAUCUUGUGUUUGAUGGACUUGAGGCGAAGCAGAGGUCUGCAGAUGCUAAUAAGACUAGGAAAAGACAGUGUGGGAUUUUUUUUUUUAGAAGACAUGUCAAAAGAACGUGCUUGUCAGUUGGAAGGACAGAGUAUGGACCAGUGGAUGCGAGAGGACAUUUGAAUGUAUGUGUAUUGGAUGAGGUUUAAAAAAAAAAAAAAAAAAAAAAAAGGAAAUGCAGUUGUGCUCCCUGGCUGGAGCGUGUAAAGUCAGAACCAGCAUCAGAGCCCAGGUGUGGUUUUCACCCGUCUUAUGUUUAAAUGUCUGGCUUUUGUUUUGUAAUACUUGGCACACUUCAAGACACUUUAUAAGAUAAGUUGGAACCUUCGCUUUCUAGAAGCCAAGUGCAGAUCGACAUUUGACUAGGGUCGGACAAGGAUUCCCAAGGGCGGUCUGCUUGGAUCAACAAGAAGCAAGAAAUAACCGGGGCUCUUCAGGUUUUAGAAAGGGAGCUUUAAUCAGCCCAUAAGCUUGACAUGACAGUAUAUACAGUAUUUGGUUAAAGCUGGUUCUUUGUUUGCCUGCCAAGAGGAUAUUUUUGUGAUUCUAUCCGAAAAGAUGGACACUUUGCGGCACUUUUAUGGCCCCCACGUGGGUGACAACGCAAAACAAACAACCCCUUCUUCCCCUCGUGUUCGCAGAUAUGCUUUUUCGUCACAAGUGAUUGCCGUGGAUGUUGUUCUAUUGUUACAUUUGCACAAAGAUGAAUUACAAUACUAAUGCUCACAUGCCCCCAGUACACAAGCUCAAAGCUAUAUGGAGAAAAAGCUUUUAAAAACAUUUUAAAGCGUUUGACUGUUUGGAAUGUUGAGAGACAAAUCAAUCACAUUUAAGUAUUAUAACAGAGUAUUUUUUAGCCAGCUUGCUCUGCACUCUGCAUUAAACAAAGAGCUUUUUAUGUCCCUUUUAAUUUAUAGACUCCCUCCAAUCCUUCCAAUGACGUCUCUUUGACUAUGCAACCUGUUCAAUAUAGCACUCUCCAAACAGCAAGCCUCCAUUUUCAGAUAUUUUAUUCUAUCCAUAGAGUAUAUGAAAGAAAAAAAAACUCUUAUCUUCAUUUAAAGGAAAUAUUUUUGUUAAAAUUCCCUCUGAAGUCCCAAAUCAUGUUCCCUCGUCAUGUGACUGUGCCAUGUUUUUAAAGUUUAUCAGAGUUGUACUAUAACAGAUCAAGAUGUGCGUUUGCUUGAGAUUGAGCCGGAGUUGGAGUGAACUGUGGAUUUGAAAAAGAGAAAUCGUAUCAAAACAAACCUGCGGUCUGUGGUUUUGCACCCUUUUAAAACAUUUGCUUCCCUCUAGUGGCUGAAAAUGGUUCAUGCUAAUUUUAUGCCUUUAAAGUUGCAUCAGAGAAGUGCUGUCAAUGAAGGCCAUCACCUGGAGCUAAAAUAGGUUGUUUGUAAGGUCACAGUGCACUUAUAUUUUUUUAUUCACAGACAUGUAGACAAUAUAGAAUACAUAUCUACCUCAUUUUUCAAAAUUAAAACGUGUCUGCUAAUAAAAACAAAAAAUACCAGUGCACAGUGACUUUGUGAGCACCCUACAGCAAAAGAGCCUUCUGUUAAUAAAAAUUCCUACAUCAA